AAAGAUAGGAGGAAAGCAAAAUGAUUCCUGUAGAUGACUCAAGUCUAAUGAUCUUUUCAACUCUUUUCCUUGGAUUUGUUGAGACAUUGCCAGAUUUAGAGCUGUCAUUUAAUAUCAAAUUAGCCAUUAUGUGGCUUUGUAUUUAUCCAUGCGUCUUUUACAUUCAAUUAGGACUUUAUCGUACGCUGAAAAAAACGCAUAUUAAUGAAAGUAUUAAAAAACAUGUUUCGGUUUGGGACGUAUUCAAUCGACUGUUUCUGUUUGUCACGUUUGAUGGUGAAGAAAAACCUCUGGAUAUCUUUCUCGUUGUCUCCUUAGCAUUUUCGAGUUUUAAACCAGUCUUGUUUUCAAGACCUGAGGAUUUCAUCAUCAAGGAGGGGAUAAUUUGUUACGCGUGCCAGCAGAAGAGCGAAAAGGAGAACACGUUAGUCUUACCGAGCUCAGAUCGGCGUUCUGUGGGUGAUGAAAUACGUCGUCAUUUAAAAAUACUUCAUCAUUAUCUCUGCGAUCUCUGCGAUGCAUUGCACGAGCUAGUUGUUUGUGAUUGUUGUUCUUGCACGUGCCAAAAUAUGCGUCAAGCAUCACGAUUGAUGCAUUCAAUUUGCGUUUUGCUUCGUUUAGUCUCUAUCCCCGUCACACUACUUCUUAGAGUUGUAUGCGGGGCAAUCUUUUUUUUUCUGUUUUCUUAUCUUGUCGCUAGCGGCAAUACUUGUGUAUUCGCCGUUUGUGACCCUCCUUGUGUGUUUGUCUCUAAAAGCUGAACAACUUGG